GCCCCGCAGUCGGCCGGGGCGAACGCCGGCACGACGGGCAGCACCGGCUCGGACCUCGAGCAGCACCUGCACCACCAGAUGCAGGGCUCGGUGACGCCCGGGCCAGCCGGCAACGGACCCGACAGCGCCUCCAGCACGCCCGUCUCCCAGAGCGGCAAGUCCGCCUUCAUCGAGCUGCAGCACAACAAUCUGUAUAAUCCGGGCGCGCUUCGAAGCAGCGGCUAUCCGGGCCACAACGUCGCGUCGGCCCACCAGUUCUCGCAGCACGUGGGCGGACUGACGGGCCAUCAGGGCGGCCAGUCCAACUCGGUGAACCAGCAACACAGCGCCCUGGCCGGCUAUCCGUACACUCCGCUCCAUCAGCACAACGCCUACGGCUAUCAUCUCAGCUCGUACCCGCCGCAGUGCCCGUCGCCGCCCAAGGACGGUGAAUACCCCAACUGUACGUACGAUCUGUCGCCACUCGACAACAAAAGCGGCAUCGUCGACGAGUUGGGCGGCGGCGGUGGCGGCUCGCUGCGAAACGGCAAAGGUAAAAAGAUGCGCAAACCAAGGACGAUCUACAGUAGUCUGCAGCUUCAGCAGCUCAACAGGCGAUUCCAGCGUACGCAGUAUCUGGCCCUGCCCGAACGAGCCGAGCUCGCCGCCAGUCUCGGAUUGACGCAAACACAGGUGAAAAUUUGGUUUCAAAACAGAAGGAGUAAAUACAAGAAGAUGAUGAAGGCAGCGCAACAGAGCGGAGGAGCCGGGCCCGGGCAACACGCGGGCCUAUUGGCCGGUGGCACAGCGUUACCCGGUGGUCCGUCACCCCAACCCGGCCAGCCCGGCAGUCUCAUGCAAGGAGGAGGAGGCAGUUCAGUGUCGGGCAGUCCGACGACGGGUUACCUCGGGGGCAUGGGCGGCGCGGGUGGCCACACGCCCGGCAGUUCCAGCCCCGGCAGUGAAAUGUCGCCCCAGCACAACGAAUCGCCCCCGGCACCGGCGUGGCCCGGCGAGAUGAAGCACCAUCCACAUCCACACGCGCCUCCGCACAGUCAUCACCAUCCGCACACGGCGGGACAUCAUCCGCCGCCGCCGCCGCCACCGCCACAUCACGCCGGUUACAUGCCACAGUACUCGUGGUACCAGACCGAUCCCAAUCCAGGAUUACUCACGUAAGGGUGUGGCCUGCGGUCUAACGAAGUCGUGUAACCUCGUGAACCUUGGACUAAGCGAUGCUGACUCGAGUUA